AUGCAUAUUCUAGCUGCGGGCAGCAUCGUAAGAACUCCAUCUACUAGGACAUUGUCCGUGGCUUAUUCUGAUUUUAUCAGUAGCCUCAACUAUCGGAGGGAGCUUAGCUGGCACCCCGUACUUGCUCUCCUCGCAUCGCGCAAACAGCAGCCUCCUACAGCCACACCACUGCACAGAUCUGGCGGCGCCGCCGCGCUUCCUUUCCUUGAAGCAACACGGCAUGAUGAUUGCUCGGACGUUCCGCUCAGCAACCCCCAUAAUGGCUGUUUACGUGGAACUCGGGGUUUCGCGACAAAACGGCAAAGGCUGGAUGAAUACGAUUCUUAUGAAGUGACGGUCGAUCCCAAGAAAGUCCCGCAUGACUUCUGCAGAGUUCCUAUACAUAUGCAGUCAGCAGGGGAACUGAAGGACACCGUCACUGUGGCUGGUCGUAUGCGCCUACCCAACCCAAAUUUUUGGUUGCGGUGUAGUUCAGCUGUAAAGGAUCUGUCUGAAGGUUUCCGCUCCCGGGAGAUCGUCGCGAUUCUUAACGCCUACGCCAAAGCAGGGUAUAGAGAUGUCUCCUUAUUCGGCCAUCUGGGGCAGCUUCUCGCACUGCAAGCGCACGACUGCCGCGCGUCAGACCUGGCGGUGGCUCUGCAAGCCUUCGCGCGCCUUAACAUUCCCAACAGUUCUCUCUUUGACCUGCUGGCUGUACAGUGCAUUCGAAAGCUCGACGACCUUGGUCCUCGGGGGAUCGCAACUGUAGCUUCUGCCUACGGGGGAGUCAAGCACCCACAUCCUCAGCUGUUUGGCAGACUCGCCCAGCAAGUGGAAGUACAGGCUGAGACCUUUUGUAGCAUAGACCUUAUCCAAACGCUUUGGGGAGCGGUACUUCCUGUCAUUGCUCGAGCGGCCAUAUGCUUUUCACUGACGGAAUUGUCUGCGGUGGACUCUGCACUCCGUUCAGUGGGCCUAAGCCACGACCUCCUGACGCGCGCGCUGCAGCAGGAACUGCAGCAGCGAGGUCCGCACUUGACGCCACUGGAGUGCGCAGAAAUCCUGCAGGACGUGGCGUCUCGAGGGGGAGACGGGAACGAUGCCGCCGCUGCUGCAUCCGUGCGGGCUCUCUUGACCUCUCCGGCCUCACUGGCGUCUCUUCCUGAAGCGACAAUUUUACAGGUGCUGAAAGACCUCAAGGACUUGGAUUGCCGCGGCGCCCUUGCUCUCGCUGCGUCCAUCUUAUAUGAAAACAACUAUGGUGGCCACAAGGAGACGCUGUUGGGAGGCGCGGAGCUGCUCGUGGUGCAGGGCAUCUUGCUGCAUGUCUUCUCCUCUGCUGAGUCAUUCGUCGAUGGGUACCGCGAGGGUUUUCUUUCUAAAGGCUUGCGAUGGCCGGAUAGCACUCCAGCGACUGAAGAGGAAUCAGUCUCCUAUCUUGGACCCUCCUGCAGACACGAUCAUAGAAGUACCGCCUUAUCAGAAAAGGCACGCAAGCUCUACGCUUCAAUCUCCGCAACUGCAGAGACCGUAGGAGCCAACGCACUGAUACUGGCGGUCUGUCGCUACCGCUCUGACCCGGGUGUUUGCCUAUGGCUGGACCUGCUAAUGAAGGGACUUAUCAAAGAGGCGGACCCCGAGUUGUUGCCGGCUCUUCUGAUGGAACUGGCGCGAAUGCGGAAGGAACUUGAAGCUGCAGAGGAAGAGCGUGAACGUGUGUCGCUUGAUCCUUCUUACCCUGCAACUCCCCCGGCCGACCCGUGUAAACACCCAACUUUAUCGUCUGCGCAGCUGUCUCGCCGGUUCUGUCAUGUGGCUCGCUAUCUCAUGGAGUCGCCGGCACCGGGAGCUGCAGCACACGACGUGCAGCAAUACCCAUCUUCACCAAAGUCUGAGACUCCCCACGAAAAGUUUUUCUAUGGACGCCUCUCCGUCGCUGCAGCAGGUAGCGCAGCGAAGGUCUUUCGCAGCCAUCCGCAGCCGGAAGUAGCACAGCGCUACGUGAAGAAACUAUGUGACCUUGUCUGCUCAAGGCUGCAGAGGGCUAAGAACCCGGCCGAAGCAGGAGAGCCUGGGACGGCUCGUAACGCCCAUCUCGAGCGACAAGUGGGGAAGUCUCUGGCGCGACUGUUGCAGUCCCUGACGGCUCUUGGAGAAGAAGCCCCACCUGCGCUGUUGCAACAACUAGCACCCCGACUGCGGUGGCUAGAGGGACGGGACGUCCUGGCUGUCCUGCGUCUCCUUCCCACGCCAACCGAACCAUCCUUACGUCAGCAUAUCACCUGUGCUGUGGAUCUCCGUUUCCGGGAUCUGAAGAGUUGGAGAAGACUGAGCCAGCUCCGAGACAUCUGCACUGGUAUGAAGCUGGAAAUGGACGAUGAUGUUGCCGGGUUCGACGUAGAUGUUUCACGGUUCCAGGCAGCGGAUGUCGGCGAGAAAGACAUACCAACAAUAGCCGACGCAAUGCGCGACCCAGAAGGCGGCCCGUUACCUGCAGACGUCAGCAACUUUGCCCACCAAAACGCGAAGGCCUGGGUGUAG